AUGUUUUGCAUUUAAAAGUGGAGAGAUAAAUUAUUAUAACUAUUUAAUUUUAGAAAUGUUAUUUACUAUACUUUAAAUUUUCAAAACAGAAAUAAGAUAUUAUUUUAGGUUCAAAUACAUUCAUUUGUAAAUAUUCAUCAAGGUUAAUGGCUAAUCCAAAAUAUAUUUAGAAAUUUUAUGGAUAUUUAAUAUAAGAUGCUUAAUUUUGCACACUUUUUGAAUGAAAACAUGAUUAUUAAGGGUAGUAAUAUAGGUUUUUUAUUUACUCAUUAAAUUGAAAGUAAUAAACCUUUUUCAUAAACUAUAUAAGAACAUAAUAAUGUAUUUGGAUUAUCAAUAAAGGAUUAAAUUACUAGAUUAAUAUCUUGUGGAAAGGACUAUUUCAUUUUAAUAAUUGAACAUACUAAUUCUAAUUGUAAAAAUACAUUUAGAUUAUAAAAUAGAAAGUAAUUGUUGAACAAUAUGGUUAUAGAAUAUGUUUUAUUAAUAAUAAUUAAUUUACAUUCUAACCAUAUAAUUAGUCUUACAUGAAUUUUUAUUGUGAAAAAAAUGAUUUAUAUCACAAAUAAAAUUAGCACUUACUAAAUUCUAAUAGAUAAGAUUAAUGUUGUAUCUUCUAAUAAGUAUAUAAUUAAAAAAAGUCUUUUAUUUUCAAUAUAUAUGGAAGAGUACUAUAAAUAAUUAGGGUUUCAAAUGAUCAAUCUUUAAAUUUAGGAAUAACUUAUGAAUUAUUAUAAUUAAAAUAAAGUAUUGAUUUUGGAAAUAGAUAUAAUCCAUGGAUAUACGGAAUAAUAAGUGAUGAUGCAGAAUAUAUAAUAACUUGGGAUUUUGAUUCAGAGUAGAUAUAAAUUAAAUAAUUUUAGAUUAAUAAUUGA